GGAGGUGGUUUUUAGCCAGUGGAAGGAUGAAACAACCUUAAGAAGAAAUUAAAGGAGAGAAAAGAUUGUUCCAUGACAACACCAAGGACCAACACAUGAUCUCCAAAGUCUUGUUAGAUUCAAGUGGAUUUAUAUGCGUCCAACUGAGACCGGAUCUAGUACUCCAUCUUUUCUGAUGACCAGGAGCUUGUUGUUUCACAGACAAAACUGAGAGGAUGGGGAAGCUAACGCCUGCAAAGAGUGCAGCAUCCAGAAAACAUGCAAUGUCCAGAAGACAGCUAGCGCUCAGAAAGCGUAAAGCAGCAGCAAAAGAAACAGGUGCAUCUCUUUUUCAGGAAUUGGUUAUCUUCUUCAAAUCUCCAACGGGUGAAAGAUUGAUCAUACUUGAGAUUUUCAUCCUCACUGCCAUGACACUGCUGAUUUACAUUCUAUAUCAAAAGGAAGCAAACAGUAGAGCGGAGGUUCAAAUAGCAAUGGAUAUCAUUCGGACCUUUGUUGUUGGGCUUGAUACAAUCCAUGAAGACAAGGAUGAUCAGAAGGAAGUGAAAAACAGAGAGGAGUUUCAAGUGGCAAUGACCAUGAUUCGAAACUUUGUUGUUGGGAUUGAUUCAUUCUAUGAGGACAAGGAUGACUUUGGAAUACUCGCUGUAGCGCUAAACAAAUCAGAGGAAAUGCGGUAUCUUGCCAACAAAAAUGAUGAACUGCAAAAAGAAAUUGACCUCCUUAUUGGUAACUUGAAUGGUGGUUGGUUUAUAUAUCAAAGGACAAUGUAUUUCCUUUCUCCUGACCAAUCUUCAUGGGCUGAUUCACAAAAAAGAUGUGAGAGGGAAGGCGCCAAGCUCAUUUCUAUGGAAACAGUGGAAGAACAGAAUUUUAUCAACGCGGAAGUACAAAAGCGUAACAAGUUUUUUUGGUUUGGAGUCUUUAAAGACAAGGAGAAGAAAUGGAGAUGGCUGUCAGGAAUAGAGACUAUAAUCACGUACUGGAAAAAAGAUGAGCCUAAAAACGAAGACAGAAACCACUGUGCUGCAGUAGGCCUUGAUUGCGGAAUGCAUUGCUGGAUAGCAUUACACUGUGAGCAACGAAUAGGGUACAUUUGUAAGAAGGUGCCUGAUGAUACUUGGCUCUAAGAAGACAUUUAGAAUGAAAGAAACUGGAUCGCAUGAUCACUACACAAAAACAAAAACAAGAGAUCACCUCACCUCACUGUUUUAGUGCACAAUCGACACUCUGCCAUCUAGAUUAUAGGACUCUUUGGCAUCAGCACUCAAAAACACCUUGAAAAGACCUUAUUCUGCAAGCUCAAACAUAGAUGGCUAUGAAAAUAAAGAAUGGAAGGGUCCAGUCAUA